GCGCCAGUUUUGAGCGUACACAGAUUUGGCAAAGGACCGGAUACGCAAGUUUUCUGCACGGUGUCUCCCGCGCGCACGCAGCCGUCGCUUCAAACCGGCCUCCAUUUGAGUUAGGACGUGCCGCUCUCCCUCCCGGCGCGCGCUCUACGCCGUCGACGAGGCGCCGCACGCAAGCAAAAAUGGCCAUUGCACCCGAGGACAUGCUCGAGCAGCUCAACAAGCUCGCCGCCUCAGUCAUGGGCGUGCGCGACGCGCCGGAGCCCGUCGUGGCAUUGUGCUGCCGCGUGCUCGGCUCGACGCUCGCGACGCGGGCGCCACGGCGCGACAGCAGCAGCACCCAACGGUUGAGGGACGUCGACGCGCUGCGGACGAAGGUCGAAAAGGCCAAGGGCGCGCGCGCCGCGCUCCGCUUUGAUGAAUUAAGGACGCAGCUCCGGGACGCCGACGCGCUGAGCGUCCGGGGCGCGGACGGCCUCGUGGAGUUGCUGGGGCUCGUGAGCGGCGACGCGCAGACCGCGGCGCCCUUCGCGUCCGUGUGUAGAACAGGAGGCGGGUUCUCGCGCGAGACCCCUCUCGAGGAAGAAACAGAGACUCCGAAGAAGGACUGGGGCCUCGCAGGGUGGCGCGCGGGCCCGCCUCCCUCAAAAACGGGGCUGGACGUCGUUGAAGAGGAGCGGUUACUGGUGAGGGACUGCCUGUAUGCCUUACAAGGCAUCGACGGGCGGUAUGUUUCACGGGAUCGGAGUUUGGAUGAUACCGUGCCGAGCGUGGACCGAUUGGUCGCUCCCAAAUUAUCGACGGUCGACGGCGUGCGCGAGGUUUGUGAAUUGGGCUGGUUGUACGAACGCUGCGAUCGGUUUUGCGCUUCUACGUCAACGAACGAGGGGCGAUGCCGGGGCGCGUUGCGAGCUGCCGUGCGCGACGAGCUUUCAGAUUACUAUCGGCUCGUUGCCGUGUUGGAAGCGCAAUUGAGGGACGAGGGCUUGUCGCUGAGACGAUUACUCGUGUGGCUCGUCGAGCCGCUCGAACGAUUACGGCUCCUUGCGAACGCCUGCGACGCGUGCGCGCCCCAGGAUCUGCAAGGAGGGGCCCUCUGCGCAUCACUAGCCCGAUUAGCGACGCACGGCGACGACCGCGUCCGAGACUUGGUCGAGGGUCUGCUCGCGAAAACGUCGGAGCCGGUCCUCGCCGCGAUCCGGCGGUGGGUCUGCUCCGGGAAGUUGCUGCCAGAUCCAGCUGGGGAAUUUUUCGUCCAAGAGACCGGUGACGAGGACGACUUCUGGGCGGCGCGGUUCUGUUUGAGACCGCGCAUGGUGCCGGCCUUCCUCUCGGAGGACGUCGCAUCCAAGAUUUUAGUGGUGGGCAAGACGCUGACGUUCCUGCGACGGUGUUGUGGGGACGACCGGCCGGCCUUCGCUUCUGUGAGUGAUGAGGCCUUUGCCUACGGGAGUCUGAAUCUUGAGAAAGUGGUCGAGGAGGCGUAUGAACGGACGAACCAGCGCGUCCUCAAGGCGCUGAAGGAGGACUUCCGGUUAUUGGACCACCUGAAGGCGCUGGAGUCGUGCGUUUUGUUAGCUCAAGGGGAUUUUGCGUUGCAAUUGGUCGAUGGCUUCGACGCUGCCGCCCAAAAGAGGCGGGGCGCCUUCGGGAGCUCCGGCGCGGACGCCGUGGCCGCGCUCGACCGGGCCGUCCGGAACUCGAACGCGUGCCGGUUGUUUGAGGGCGCCGUGCAGCGUCUGAAAGUGGUCGUGCUCGAAGGCGACGGCGUUUCCUUCGGCCUGGACUACGACGCGCAGCCGCCGAUCGACGCUGUGGUGGACGCGGGCGCGCGCGAGUUUUACGGAAGGGCGUUUUCGGCGUUGCGGUCGCGACGGCGCGUCGAGGCGCGCCUGACGGACGCCUGGCGGUCGCUGGCGCUCGCGCGGCGCGUGCGCGGGCUCGGGGCGCCGGAGCGCAAGGCACUGCGGAAAGCGGCUCUAGCGCGCAACGAGAUGGCGACGCUCUCGGCGACGGUGAGCGCGCACGUCGCCGACGCGUUUGCCGGGGCCUGGAAGCGUUUGGAUCAGGACGUCAGUAAGGCGGACGGCCUGGACGCCGUGCGACGGGCCCACCGCUCGUAUUUGGACGCGAUCGCGUCGGACGCGCUCUUCGCGCCGCGUUCGGGAAUUCCGGAGGAGGGCGUGCCGCCCGACGAGGACCUGGCGGCGGGGGCGCUGGCGACGCACCUCGAGGCAGUGUUACAGGCGGCCCAGCGGUUCUGCGCGUUGGUCGAUGCCUUUGUUGCUGAUGCCGUCGCGGGCGAUUCUCGAGCUCAGACAUUAGCGGCGCGGCUCGACGACUCGACGGCCCACUUCCGGGCGGCGGCGCGGCGGUUUACGCGUCUCUUGAAGCGGGCGUCGGAGGACGAGCCCGAGGCGACGAAAUUGGCUUUUCGCCUUGAAGUGGUUGGCCAGGCGGUAGAGUAACAACAUUUCACUUACA